CUCCACCGCUUCCACAUAUGAACUCGACCAGCAGCGCCAGGAGCGAGUCGGGCCGUAGUUCGUCCGCGAUGUCUCGCGCCGCCAAGAGUUCGACGUCAUCGAAUGCCACACAUCUGACGGUGGACCAACUCAUGCAUUACGACAAUUGGGUCCCGGACAGCGAACGGCAUCGAUGCCUUGUGUGCACACGAACCUUUGGGAACUUUCGGCGAAAACACCACUGCCGCCGGUGCGGCGAAGUUGUCUGCAGCGGGUGUUUGCUGAAAAAGAUGGCGCGACUGCCGCUGAAAGGGUCCCUCGAGGUCAAGAUCUGCAUGAACUGCGUGCUUCUGGACACAGAAGGUCCUGACAACAGCGUGACCAUGAGUAUGCGCGAAAACUCGACAACCGCGUCGUCUCGAUCGUCGCGAUCCCAGGACGGCCAUUGUUAUGGCCAACCGUCGUCUCCAUCCGCCUCCUCGCACAUUGCCCAUGAAAUGGACGACGAUGAUGCAAUGAUGUCGAUGCACCCUGCCAACAACACACUGGACCAUUCCUGGCGAUAUCCUUGGCCUAAACCUCCCGUCUUGGCCGAUGAAGACGAACGACUGGAUGUUCUUCUUGGCUACGACAUCAUCGACAGCCCCUCUGAAGAGAAGUAUGAUAUCGCGUGCACGCUUGCUGCGAACUCGAUGAAGUGUCCGCUGGCCGUCGUAUCAUUUAUCGAUAAAGAACGCCAGUGGUUCAAAGCCAGCGUCGGUCUCGCGCAGGGCGAGAUACCUCGCAACGUGAGCUUCUGCGCACACACGAUCCAAUCCACUCAACCCCUCGUUGUGUGGAACACGAUGCUCGACUUGCGCUUUGUCAAGAAUCCACUUGUGACUGGAAAUGCCGCGAUUCGGUUCUACGCUGGGGUCCCGCUCGUGGCGCCGACCGGCCACGUCAUCGGCACGAUCGCGGUGUUCGACAACCAACCCCGGCAAAGUGUCGACGUUGCAAUGCUCGUAAAACUUUCGAUUGUCGUCAUGAAGUACCUGGAAGAACGCCGCAACACGAAUGCGGCACUGGCGGCGUCGAAGCAUGUGACGGAGCAGACUCCCGUCGCAGCUCCGGUAGUGCCGCCUUCUCUGCCGCGACGACUCAGUCAAGUUCGAAGGCCUUCCGAUGUGACCUCUCCACUUUCAACACUUCCUCCUGCACCGGUGACGUCGAAUGCCUCCCAAGAGUUGAUGGCGGCCCCAGCUCCGGUGUCUACAGUCGCGGAGACUGCUGCUCCUGGAGCCAAUAUGGAAGCGAUCCUGAUGAACUUGCUAUCGAAAACAACUGAAACACAGCAGCAGCUCGCAACCCAGCAAGGCAGGAUGUUUAUGACGUUGGGUCAGCACUCUGAACAGAUCGACAAGCUUGCCGAUGCUGUUGCACGGAUGGAAGCCAAGCUCACGACGACCAGCGUCGUCUAGGCAGGACCUCAAAUACGUAAUAGACCCCCCGUAGUGCUCAGUCGUCAAUCUCGAUCGUUGGGGUCCCCACUACAUGGGUCCAAUAUUCAAUGACUUCAAGGAACCACAUACAUUCGCGGUGCACGUCUUUCGCUGUUAGCGGGAUGACUUGAUGCGCUUGGAUCCGGUCUGGCGCGACGUGUUGGGGUGUGCCUUGAGUCCCAAGGACGGGACCGAUGAUCAUUACGUACUCCCCCACUUGAACACUCAGCGAUGAAUUGGCCUUAAUCAAACCCUGCAUGUCGAUCCACAUGAUCCCAGUGCCGUCGUCAACUGCAAACCGUGGCAUUUGAACGUCCACCACGAUUCCCUUCACGACCAUCAGUCUGUGUGGAUUCAAGGGACCACACCGUACCUGGAUCCAUGCGCGGAUGAGCUCGACACCUCUAUACAGGUACUUGUUCCUACUCUCCGGUAGACUCCUCGCCGACAGAAGUUGGCGCACGAAAAGCUUCCUUGUCGCGCUCACUUGGCUCAUUGCGCCUUCUCCGCAAAUGUUUUAAUGCUUCCGGAUAAACUGAC